GUAUGGCCGCUCUAAAUAUCUGUAUAAUAAAAUUUGUUUUGUAAAAUCAUACAAAAAAAUAGGAAAGUGCAGUUUUCGUACUUACACCGUGUAAUUGUUGAUUUGCGGAUAGUGUCGGUGUUGUUGACUAAAAAGUGUUGCGUCAUGACAGAAUCGCCUUCUCUCUACUGACAAACAAAUACAAUAAAAAUUGCAAUUGGCGAAUUAUAAAGUUAUCGUAGCAUUUCUACUUCGCUCGUUUACCGUAGGUGUCGGUCGCCGCGGGCUGAUGAUAAUCGUGGAGAGUAAUCGAGCAGUAUAUAAUGAGUAGUGUUCGAUUGAGCUUUAUUUCUGUAGGGAGGAUCGCAGUGAGGAGAAAUUCCCAGUUGACAUCAGCAGGAGGCGUUCCAUCAUGUCGCGCCCUUCGGCGGGCGUGUGGUUGGUGCGGCGCAGGGUCCGGCUCGUGCUCACCCUGCCGCCGCUCACUCAGCACCUGUGCCGUGUUGUGCAAAAGUGCUGACCAGCCGCCUCAUCCGCCACACACACAUCCGCCCAAGGAUGUUAACUCAGGUACAUCAUCAGGCGGCAAAAAAGGGUCCGGCAACGGCGUCCUCACCUGUCCAAAAUGUGGCGAUCCCUGCACACACGUAGAGACCUUCGUUAGUUCAACACGCUUCGUUAAGUGUGAUAAAUGCCAUCACUUCUUUGUGGUGCUUAGCGAAGUUGACACCAAGAAGAGCAUCAAGGAUAACGCCGAUAAUAAAUCUGGAUUCUACAGAAAACCGCCCCCACCACCGAAAAAGAUCUUCGAUUACCUGAACAAGCACGUCGUUGGGCAGGAGUACGCGAAGAAGGUCCUCUCGGUCGCGGUGUACAACCACUACAAGCGUAUAUACAACAACGUCACCAGCGGGCCUCCGCCGGAUCAUCACCAUCCGCUGCAUCACACGCACAGAGACCUGCUGCACCUGUCGCAGGCGGGGUCGGCGGGCGGCGGCGCGGGCGCCGAGGUGCUGGAGCGCACGCACCACGAGCUGCGCCUCGACAAGAGCAACGUGCUGCUGCUCGGCCCCACCGGAUGCGGUAAAACCCUCCUAGCGCAAACGAUAGCACAAUGCCUGGACGUGCCGUUUGCGAUUUGCGACUGCACCACACUCACGCAGGCCGGCUACGUAGGAGAGGACAUCGAAAGUGUCAUUGCGAAGCUGCUACAGGACGCCAACUUCAAUGUUGAGCGUGCACAAACGGGCAUAGUGUUCUUGGACGAGGUAGACAAGAUCGGUGCCGUGCCCGGUAUUCACCAACUUAGGGAUGUCGGAGGCGAGGGCGUGCAGCAGGGCAUGCUGAAGAUGCUGGAGGGCGCCGUGGUGUCGGUGCCCGAGCGCAACAGCCGCAAGCUGCGCGGCGACGCCGUGCAGGUGGACACCACCAACAUCCUGUUCGUGGCCAGCGGCGCCUACAACGGCCUGGACCGCCUGGUGCAGCGCCGCAACAACGAGAAGUACCUGGGCUUCGGCGCCUGGGACUCGCGCUCGGGCCGGCGCGCCGCCACCGCCGCGGCCGCCGCCGACGCGUCGCCGCUGACGUCGGCCACGGCCGAGAACGACGAGCGCGACGCCUGGCUGCGCAAGGUGCAGGCGCGCGACCUCAUCGACUUCGGCAUGAUCCCCGAGUUCGUGGGCCGCUUCCCCGUGCUGGUGCCCUUCCACUCGCUCAACCAGGAGCUGCUGGUGCGGAUCCUCACCGAGCCCAAGAACGCCAUGGUGGCGCAGUACAAGCUGCUGUUCGCGAUGGACAAGUGCGAGCUGACGUUCAGCGACGAGGCGCUGCGCGCGGUGGCGGCGCUGGCCAUGGAGCGCAAGACGGGCGCGCGCGGGCUGCGGGCCAUCAUGGAGAACCUGCUGCUGGAGGUGAUGUUCGAGGUGCCGGGCUCCGAGGUGGCGGGCGUGCACAUCCACGAGGGCUGCGUGCUGCGCGCCGAGGCGCCCACCACGGCGCGGCGCCGCGACGCCGACGCGCCGCAGCCCGACGCCGUGGACGACUGGCCCUCGGUGCGCCUCACCAACUAAUGCAACUCCCGCGCCUUCUGUCACUCAGUGUGUGCUGUGAGCGGGUCCAGUAUGGUGGUUACAAACAUACGAACGAAUUGCAAUUUGUUAGCAAAUAUUUCGAUCAAACUUCAGUAGAGACAAUAGUGUUGGCGAUUCUCAUUUUUUUAUUAGACGGCCCACUAUUUUUGUUUAGUUUUCGUUUAUGUGAGAAAAAGUAGGAAAUUUUUUGUAGAAAGAUUAAAUGGAUAACGUAAACGUAUUUUACGUUCAAUUGCCGGAAUAAAGACCUCUCAUGUGAAAACAAUGUAGGGGUCUUUCAAAAUGUUUCAAUCGACAUUAUUUAGUGUAGUUUCCAGCUAGCAUUUCAUAAAAAUGUGCAAAUUUGGUAAAUUAUAAGGUAAGUUCACUAUGAGAAUUCCACAGGGCUUACGUAAAAUUUUAGGAAUUCUCUCUGGUAACUUCUGCAACUAACAAAGUAGCUGAAACAAAUGUAAUUAUUAUAUUUUUCCAAGAAGAGUGGAAUUUAAAGCUAUAUAUUUUUUUAUUACAUAGCUUCAAAUAUAAAUUUAAAGUUAUCUACGAGACAACUUAUUCCCUGACUGUACAAUGAUCUUACAAGUAGUUCCUUAUAAUUUUACGUUUUAUAUUGUGAGGAAGAAAAAAAAAUUAAAAAAAUUAAAAAAAACAAACGUGUAUAGCCACCAUGCAGCAUUGCUCUUGUGAUGUAAAUUACUGUAAAUAAUAAAUAAAUAAAUAGAACUAGAUGUUUAUUGUGUAAGGUUUAAUAAGCCCAAUUAAGUUGUAAGUACGAAAACACGAGAAAUUCAAAUAGUAAAUUUACUUAAGUAACUGUCUUGGCCGGAUACACUGAGCGAAAUUGAUUUUGACAUAUUGUUAUGAUACGUAUUUUUUUAAUUUAUGUCCGAGUUGUGCUGUGAUUGUACAAGGUGUAACCGCUCAUGUGUGCACACGUUGCGGGUUCGUCUCGCUCGAGAACCUAAUCUUAGCAACCCUUAGAACUUAAACUACACAGUUUGAGCCAAUCAAGGACAAUUGCUUGUGUAUAUUGUUUUCAAAAUGUUGUUAAUAUUCUCGAGUCGAUUACAACUCGAUGUAUGUACUAUAAAAGAUGUUACAUCUUGUAAAUAUUUAUAUAAAGUGUAUAGCGGUUAUUUUCUUUUUUGUAUGUACACGGAAAUUUGUAACACUUAUUCGGAUCGUGAAUGAUAAAUUUUCAUAAAUUAUAAUCACAUCGCAACUCCCGUUAAAUAGUCUAAGCCUAUUUUGAAUUUAAAUAUAAAGAAAACC